GUAGGCCAGGCCUGGUUGCCGGUCGACCUCUCUGCUUCUCCUCCUCUCUGCCCUUGGCUUCGCCAUGUUCCCCGUCGGUCGUUUUCUCGCCCGCGCUUUGCUGUUGGGAUCCCGGUCCCCGUCCCGUCAUUAUGCCGAAGCGGCGGCAGCUGCUACAGGCCCUGCACAGCUGGCCUUCACCUUCGCCUCGCCCUCUCAGGUUUUCUACAAUGCUGCCGUUGUGAAACAGGUGGAUGUUCCCACCUUAAGUGGAUCCUUUGGCAUCUUGGCUGCUCAUGUUCCCACCCUACAGGUCCUGAGACCUGGCGUUGUAACCGUCUUUGAUGAGGAAGGCUCCUCCAAAAAAUACUUUGUGAGCAGUGGUUCUCUCACGGUGAAUGCAGAUUCCUCUGUCCAGGUGUUAGCUGAAGAAGUGGCUUUAUUGGAUGAGCUCGAUGCUGCAACGGCCAAGUCGAACUUGGACAAAGCCUUGUCGGAACUCGCAUCGGCCCCUGACGAGGUAGCAAAAGCAGAAGCGCAGAUCAGCGUGGAAGCUAACGAAGCAAUUGUAAAAGCUUUGGAGUGAGCAGUGCUGUUGUAACUUUGAACAGUCACCGAUCAAAAUGAUUGUAAGAAAAUUCCACCACUGUUGCUUCAGAAAGUGGCCUCCUUCAGCUCGGGACCUCUCCUCGUCCUUCCUUCUCUUCUUUCGGUCUGUACAGGAUUUGUGAAUAAAGCUUGACAAUUAUCUGUUACCGAUUAAAGCAGAAGGUCAGGCCAAAAGGUCCUAUGUUAUUCCUCGGUUUUUCUGUUGUUGUUUUUUUUCCAAUGAUGACUCCUGGAAUCAGCUUGUCAUCUUUACAAAAUAGAGCGGAUGCAGGGCGAAACCAAUGCAUCUAAAAUCAAAA